AUGGAGGAUGCCGUUAGCCCAAGCGAAGAAACCUCCAAAGCCUUGUUCGAAAUGGGCUUCCUUGCUUGGUCUCACCUUCGCGCCCCAGUCUCGGAGAAGCCCAGCCUCCCAGCCCAUUGCCUUGAGCAGGUUGAGAGUGCCUUUCCUGACCACCCUGCCUUCCCCCAGCAGCUUCUCUUGGAAUACUCGGGCGGCAAUCUGUUUGCCAGUGGGGUCUCGACCUGGGACACAAAAACAGAGGCGUCUUCAUCCUGUUUGCUGCCUUCUUUCCAACUCCCAUUUCGGAUACCUGUGUCAGUUUCCAAGCCAACAACGGUUUGUGUCUCUAGAGAUCGGCAACCGUACGUUCCCAAUCCGUGCAAAAAGGAUGACAACCACAUCAUGAUCUUGGUUCUUGCAUGGGCAUACGUUAUGUCAGCGCGGUGGGCCGAGCUAAUUCCAGGAACGAAACCGCUGGAGUAUACCAGCAGUCGCGCCAAGGGCUUCGACUUCACAGACCUACCGUCUAGUCAACAGCAUGUUCCAAUAUCUGUGGAUCUCGGUACCGUCGAUGAAGAUGCAGCACGAUGGUGGGCAUCUGUCCUAGCUCCUCAGGAAGGUUGGCUCGCCACCAUCCAUACUCCUCGCCAGGAACUGCGUUCUCCCUGGUCUGUCCGACUCCCAAAGCCGCCCAUCUUUGUCCUUUCGGGACACCUCCGUCCCUCUGAGGUCCCUUCGACAUCGUCAUUUUCGCCCGCUGCAUCCUUCGCCGUAGCUAUGCGGUAUCUGUUGGAGUAUACUACUCUUCAUGGAAUUGAGGACCAGAGCCGUAUGGCUUUGGCCACGGCCCUACUUCUCCCACUCGCGAAUUUCGAGGGACGGCGAGUCUCGUUGCGGGCUCCUCGUAUUCUUCACAGGAAAGGAUUACGAGACGUUGUGCGGCCUGGGAAUGAAGACCGACGUGCAAUUCCGACACCUCAGCUGGACAAGUUCCUUACCCUGAGCUGUAACCUGAGUGGCAUCUCAGCUCUUCUUUCAAGCAUCUUCUUCGACCCCAGCGCUUUCGCAGUUCUAGAUAGUGUGCGGCCCGACAGCCAGGCCCUCACACACAUUCUCGUUCGCAGGAAUCCUCGGCUCAGUUUUCUUUGGUUAGGAGCAGUUAUUACAGGUGCUCAUACGAAUCUUCUUCGACGCGCUCGUCUUGGAAUUAGCGACAUCGAGCUGCACUCAGCUGUGUGGACACAAACCCUCCAAAGUUUUAUCCAACUACCCUUGUCUCGGAAUCCAAGAGCUGGCAUGAUCCAACGGUCAGAUGAGUGUCGUCUUCUCUACCUUGCCAGCGAGGACCAGGAUACUGAGAUCGAGGUUCGUUUGCAUGUGAAUUGUGGCGGUCACGGUCUCACAUACAAAUUGUGGACAUGGUGCUGCACUAAUGGGAACCAGGACGUGCAUCCAUCUUCCAACAGCGCUCCAGUUCAGACUCUCGAUCCCCUGUACUGCCCAGAUCCACGAAAUUCUGAAAUCAUUUCCAUCGAUGCCGACCGCAAUCGGGAUAUCGUGGUCCCUUUCGAUGAUUUCGACCCCGAAGACGACGACGCCUCUGCUCAGGCAACUCUACGGGUCUUGAUGUGGCUUCGUCGGGGCGGUUUUCCAGCCACCGAGCAGGGAAUGCGCCGCCAUGAAUGGCUGUGUGAAGUUCUUGACCAAGAGGACGAGGAAGCCUACGAGUCAUGGUCGGAUAGUAAUGACUCUGAUCGAGGGACAAAGCGGAAGGCAAAGUCAGCUAUAUCACCUCCCAAAUUAGCACGAUAG